GCGAUGUAGAGAUACAACGCACACAGCCGGAUGAUGGCCCGUUAAAGCGUUUUAUAUUCGGAAAACCAGCCACUACUUUGGUAAAGCACAGGUUGAAACUGCUAACAAUGGUUUUUUGUUGCAUUAAUAUUUCUUCUUACAAGCAAGACAGCCUUUGGUCGUGGUUUAUUUGUUUCUGUGCGACAACUUGUAUGAUCUUGACGAUUGGAUUUACCUUUGCACUCGGUGUACUGUUACCAGUUUUCAUGGACUCUUUCAAGGAAAACCGCGAGAAAGCAGCAUGGGUGAGCUCUGUUACCUUGGCAACAUUUCUGUUCCUCGGUCCUGCCAUUGGUGUGUUCGUCAACCGAUUUGGAUGCCGUCUGGCCACCUUCACUGGUUGCUUAACUUGUUCUGUUGCUCUAGCGCUCGGCUCUGUGGCUCCAAACAUCAUAGUUCUUUACUUGGCCUUUAGUAUACUCUUCGGUGUUGGUAAUACGUUCGUUUACAUUUCUGCGCCGAUGAUUAUAACCCAAUAUUUCAGCAAGAGAAGAUCCGUCGCUCUUGGGUUCGUGACAGCCGGCCAGGGCCUGGGAACAAUGAUAUGUGGCCCUGUUUUACAGGUGUUGGUAGGUGUGUUCGACUGGAGGAAAACGUUUCUUAUAUUCUCGGGUGUUUUAGGUCUUUCAUCGUUGACAGGAUGCCUUAUAAACCAUGGUAAUCAAGAACCGACUACCACGUCGAAUCAAGGCAAGAAGAACCACGGGAAAUUCAGUUGUGAUUUCUCUAUAUGGAAGAACCCGAUAUUUCUAGUGUUAUUGGCCGUGGGUGGACUCAGUAACUUCUCACGUAUGGUUCCUUAUGUACAUCUGAUAAAGCAUUGCGAUGAUCUUGGAAUUCCAGCCGACAAGAGCUCCACACUUUUCUUGUUUAUUGGAGUUUUUGCGGCGGUUGGCCGUCUCGGUGCAGGCUGCCUCUGCGACAUCAAACGUGUCAACUCACUCUUCCUUUACCAGGCAGCGGUAUUUGUUAUGGGUACCAGCACGAUUCUCUUCUUACAGGCAAAGACCUACGCCUGCCUGGCAGCGGUGGUCGUGGUGUUCAGUGUAGCGGAUGGAUUGAUGGUGUCAACAUUCAUUAUUGUGCUUUUCAGGUCCGUUCAGGUGUCUCAACGAGCUGUUUGUCUCGGGUUCUGCAUGAUGUCUGCUGGUAUUUUUAUCGUUUGUAGCCCACCUCUGUCAGGUUACAUGGCGGACAAGUUUGGGAACUACAUGGCCGCGUUUCUGAUGGCUGGAACUGUUGCAAUCUUUGCUUCUUUUAUUCCUUUUGUUCUUCGGUGUGUUGAACGCAAAAAAGACAGCGACAAUCAUGUGGCAUACCUUGAAGAAUUGAUGGGCAAAGAUGAGAAUGUGCCAGCGACAGGCAGCACAUCUAAAAGCAAGGAUCCAUCGAAAAUAACUUAUCAUAUAGAGUUGGAAUCGCGUGAUCCUAUAAGGACGACAUUGGUCCGCGUCUCAUCCAAGAGACCUGUUUCUUAUAUGUGCGCCGUUGAAAGUCCGUUUAGCCCCAUCACUCUCUAGACUACAACUGUAAACAGCUGAACAUAAUCCCAAAUUUUAAUUUUAAAAAUAUUCGAAAACGUAACAGCACCCCUUGAAAGUGUUUAGGCCUUUCCUCAGAUAUGUGGAUAUUUUGGGGGGAUAUUUAAAGAAGUUUCAUAGAUAUUAAGAAAAUAUGAUAUUUAGAGAAUUUGGAGAAUUUAGAAUAUUCAUUUUUUUUUUUUGGCUAAGCCCUGUGUUUUCUUUGCUAUUUCCUUGAACCAUCACUGAGUUCAGUGAUUUUCCACUUGAAAAAUAUGCUCUAGUAAUGUCAUAUCACCAAGGCCGCAAUUUUCCAAAAUGGCGGAUGCUGGUAACAUUGAGGCGCCUGAAUCUUCUUCCUCCACUCCUUUCGCUAAUUGGCCCAAAAUCAGUUCUGCUAAGACGUUUUCAUUUGAAUGGCCGCAUACGUAAAGAUUUCAUCUGCAUACUCGUGGUUAACUCUGGAAGAACAAUAGUUUUGAACAUGCAUUUUCAGUCAUGUGUGCUCUGCUAAACAACGACGUGAAAUGACCAAAUUCUGCGUUGUCUCGAGAGAGUAGGGAACUUAAGCAAACCACCACGAUGACGGC